UGCGGCGGCCGUAGCCAUGCAGCGCGACGGGGAUGCGGCGGCGGCCGCCGCGGCCUCGUACCGGGUGCUCAGCCGGCUGCUGGGCUAUGGCACCGGGCCGGAGGCGGGCGCGGCGGGCGGCGCCGGUACCGGUGCCGGCGCGGCGGGCGCGGGGCCCGGCGGCGGGGGGCGGCUGCCGGGAGCCGGGCCGGCGCUGCGCAGCCCGCGGCCGCAGCUGAUGGUUUUCCGCAACGCGGCGGCCGAGGGCCGGCCCGGCGAGGACUGCGGCCCGGCGACGGCGGCGGCUGCGGGCGGGGGGGUCCCGGGGGGCGGCGGGGCCGAGCUGUGCCCGCGGCACCGCUGCGCGCUGGAGCCCAAAGCGGCGGCGGGCUGGGGAGCGGCGGCGCAGAGCGGGCUGGAGCUGCAGCUGGCGGCGCUGGGGCUGCGCCCGCCGGGGCUGGGGGCGAAGGGGGCGGCGGGCGCGGCGGGCACCCCCUGCCCGUGCCUCGGGCCCCCCGCCGGCGAGGAAACCAGCGAUGCGCUGCUGGUGCUCGAGGCGCUGGAGCCCGACGAGGGCGGCAGCGGCUCCGAGGACGAGCCGGGGUCCCCCGGGCGCGGAGCCGCCCGUGCCGCCGGCAGAGCGGCACCCCCCGGCCCCGCGCCGCCGCCCGCGGGUACCGGCCCCGGCCCCGGCCCCGGCGGCAGGAAGGGCUCGCUCCGCAUCCGCCUCAGCCGCCUCUUCCGCACCAAGAGCUGCAGCGGCGGCUCGGCCACCGGGGACGCCGCCAGCGCCGCCGCCUCGGCCGGGAGCCUGACGGAUGUGUGCGGGGCCCGCGGCCGGGAGCAGGAGCCGGGCAGGAAACACAGACUGACGAGAACCCAAAGUGCCUUUUCCCCGGUUGUGUUCAGCCCCCUCUUCACAGGUGAGACAGUGUCACUGGUGGACGUGGACAUUUCCCAGCGAGGGCUCAGCUCCCCUCACCCUCCGACCCCUCCGCCGCCGCCCCGCCGGAGCCUCAGCCUGCUCGAUGAUAUCAGUGGGACGCUGCCUCCGGCUGUGCUUGUGGGGCCCAUGGGCUCUUCCCUGCAAUCCUUCCCUCUGCCUCCGCCUCCUCCGCCCCACGCCCCAGACGCCUUUCCCCGGAUCGUGCCCCUGCGGCCCCCCGAGGCCCCGGGCCAGCCGCCCCCUCACCUGCAGUGUCCCCUGGCCCGGCCCGACCCCAGCAGCUUCGCCGCCAGCCUGAGGGAGCUGGAGAAGUGCGGGUGGUACUGGGGCCCCAUGAACUGGGAGGACGCCGAGAUGAAGCUGAAGGGGAAACCGGACGGGUCCUUCCUGGUGCGGGACAGCUCCGACCCCCGCUACAUCCUGAGCCUGAGCUUCCGCUCGCAGGGCAUCACGCACCACACGCGCAUGGAGCACUACCGAGGGACCUUCAGCCUGUGGUGCCACCCCAAGUUUGAGGACCGCUGCCAGUCCGUGGUGGAGUUCAUCAAGAGGGCCAUCAUGCACUCCAAAAAUGGGAAAUUCCUCUACUUCCUGCGAUCCCGGGUCCCAGGUCUCCCUCCGACUCCCGUCCAGCUCCUGUAUCCCGUCUCCAGGUUCAGCAACGUCAAAUCCCUGCAGCACCUUUGCCGCUUCCGGAUCCGGCAGCUGGUCCGGAUCGACCACAUUCCCGAGCUCCCGCUGCCCAAGCCCCUGAUCUCCUACAUCCGCAAGUUCUACUACUACGACCCGCAGGAGGAGCAGUACCUGUCCCUCAAGGAGGCGCAGCUCAUCUCCCGACAGAAGCAGGAGCCCGAGUCCUCCACGUAGCGCAGCCGGCGCUGACGGAAUUUGGUUGUUGCCCUCCUGCCGUGGUGGGGAGGAGGCCGAGCUCCUGCUGCUGCUCCUGCUCCUUUCCUGGAGGAGAGGGCCCGGCAUUCCCAGGAAGCCCAGCAGAGCAGGAUCUGCUCCUGGGAAGAGGAGCCCGGGGGAGCCCAGCCCGGCCCCGCGGGACCCCGCGGAACAAAGAAUGUCAUGGCACUAUUCCCGAGCUUUCCUGGAAGUUUUCCCUUUGGAUGUCUCUGGAUUUUAAUUUUUGUUUUCGGAUUUUCAGCAUGAGGAAAAACUGGAUUUUCUGAUCCCGAUGGAUUUUCUGAUCCCACCUUGGGAAUUUCAAGGUGGGGGAGAGGGAGGAAAAAGGGGGAAUUCUCUGGGAAGAUCCAUCUGCUCCAAGGCGUCGUGGCAAGGCUUUGAUCCUCUCUGGAGAGCUGCAAACGGAGCCAGGGGAUGGAAGAACCCCUGGGAAUAAAUAAAGUGUGGAGUUCUGAGCAGCUCCACAGCUCCCCCACUUCCCAGGAUUUGGGAAAAGAGAUCCAGACCCUCCAGGAGUGGCAGGAGCAUCCUGGGAAAAGCCUGGAGCCGUGGGAGAAGGAAGGAAGGAAGGAAGGAAGGAAGGAGGAGCGUGGGCUGUGGUGGAUCCAAGGGACACUGCUGGAAGAUUCCCUGGAGCCCUGGGAAGGUGGAAGAGCUGCUGCUGGAAUUGCUGGAGCUACCCCUGGAUCCUGCAGGGAUCCCAGACUCGGGAUGGGCUCUCCCAGCCUGUCCCUGGUGGAUUCCAGAGGCUGGGAGUGGAGCGAUUCCCUUUGGAGGAUCCUCCUGGAGCAGCUCCCUCCUCUCCCUGGGACAUCAGGAACAGCAAAUCCAGGAGAGUUUUGGCUCUUUCCCAGAUUUUGGGCACAAAUUCCCUCCCUCCCUCCCUCCCCCCUUGGGACCCCGGGCUGCUGCUCCAUCCCCUGAGCAGGAAUUCCAUGGGGGAGCUUCCAGCUGGGAAUUCUGGAGCAUUCUUCCCUGCUGUGCUUCAAGGAGCAGCAUUCCAGUUGAAUGAAUCCAGCUCUGAAUCCAUGCUCUGAAUCCAAGGAGCUGCCCCGUCCUGCUGGAUCUGAGGAUUCCCUGGGAGCUGCCAGGACGAUCCCAGUCCCGGAAUUCCUGUGGAUUUUAAUGGAAAAAUUCCAAGCUGCUUUGCCAUAAAAGGUGCUACACAUCCUGCCCUGCCUCCUCCGGCUGGGAUCUGGAGGAAAAAACCCACAAUCCUUAAAACAAUUCCAGGUUUCUGGGUGAAACUGAGCCUGAAAAUCCAUGGAAAUACCUCAUGGGACUGUGUGAGGGAAAACCUUCCCAGGAGCCAGCCCUGCUCCAGCUUUUCUUCCCAAAAUAAAAAAGAGACCCUGGGAAAAAAAAGGAGAAGUGGAUCAGGGAUGGACACUGGGAUGCAGGGAAUGGGGAAGGUGUGAGUCAAUGCCCAGAAAAUCCAGGGGAAAUCCUGGUGGUGACAGCGUUCCCACGCUCCUGUGGGAAGGGGAGAGGUUUGGGAAGGAGCAGCAGGUCCGGGAAAAGCAGAGCUGGGUUUUGGGGUUUUUUGGGGUUUUUGCCACCCUGGGGCUCUCCCACUCCCCAAAACCUCACCCCGGGCACCUCCCAGUGCUCCCAAUCCAGGGCUUCACCCCAGAUCCCGGGAAUUUCACGGGAUCCAGCCUCACCUUUGGAGGAGGAAUAAGCAGAUUCCAGCAGCUCCCAGGGCAGGAGAUUCCCAGGAUUUUGGGAAUCACCCUUGGGAAUUAAAAAAAAAAAGGAAAAAAAAAUGCAGCUUUUGCUUAAUUUUAUUUUUAUUCCCCCUUUUUUAAUUUUUAAUUAUUUUAAUCUUAAUUUUUUUUGGUGUGUGCUUAAUUUAUUCAAAUAGUGGCUGUAUAAUUUAUUUUCAUAAAUAUAUGAGAAAAGUUACUAAAUGGUUAAAAAAAUAAUAAUAAAAAAACCAAACGGACUUUGCAGGCCAAUCUUUCAGAUUUAAUGAAAAAAUUAA